AUGGUUGGUGAAUUGAAUGCCACGGAACUGAAUCAAGCUUGCAACUAUUGGAUACAAACCAUUCAGAAGGAAUCUUUUCCUUUAGAAUAUGAAGCCUUGUCGAAAUCAAAGUCACUUCCCAAGAACUCAAAAAUAGAAAAACUCAACCCACUUUUUGACAACAACAUAAUACGUCUUGGAGGCCGACUGCAAUUUUCUGACUUAUCUGAAUCGGAAAAACACCCCAUCUUAUUGGAAGGUUCGCACCCUUUUGCAAGCCUGCUCAUACGCCACACACACUUAAAAAUGCACCAUCUAGAAGUUAGGAUUGUGCUUUCUCAGCUUCGUUCUAAAUGGUGGAUAUUAAGAGCAAGACAAGCCAUUAAAAAGGUCAUACACACUUGCCUUCCUUGCAAGAUACUGAAGCAAAAGCGUGGUGAACAGAUAGAAGCUCCAUUACCCGCUGAAAGAAUUCAAAAGUCGACCCCAUUUGAAGCAACUGGAAUUGACUAUGCCGGACCCCUCUAUGUUAAAAACGAAAAAUUGGUUACAAAGGCCUACAUAGUCAUAUUUACGUGUGCUGUAACUCGAGCCAUCCACUUGGAAGUAGUGUCUAAUUUAAGCACUGAUGUUUUCUUACUUGCGCUACAACGGUUCGUAUCUCGACGCUCCCUUCCUCAUACUGUGUACACAGAUAACGCCACAACAUUCGGUGCUGCAGACAAGGAGUUGAGGUCCUUGUGGAACAUCAUAUCCUCUUCCAAGAUACACCAGUUUUAUGCUCAUCACAACAUGACAUGGAAAUUCAUCGCCCCACGUGCGGCUUGGUGGAGAUAG